ACAAUGCGAAAACUAAUCAUCGCCUUCCGUGCAAACUGCAUACAGCCCCGAUGGAGUGGAGACAGCUGAAAUCUCUUGGGUAUGUAAGACUGGUUCGACCUAGACCACGAGGCUGAGUGGCGUGAAUGUCGGUCCGGUCCUGCAAGGGCGCUUAUGCGUGUAGCGAAACAGUCAUUCUUCUAUCCCUUGUUUGCGUACCGACUCCGAUCGGAUGCAUACUGGAUUUUCUUGAUCAUCACCAUCCUCCUCUUCUUCAUUAUUUUGCUUGCUUUAGUUCUUUAUGUGCAUGCUAUCGACCAGAUGAAGCAGGCUGUAGGUGCAUGUUGGACUACGAGGCACGCCAUUGCCGAGAAAUGUUACACGACCAUCGCGCAUCGAGAGGAAAAAGGAGUACAGAAUAUCACGACGGGUAGUUCUUGCCCGAUCCCAUGCCUGUGUGUGCCACGCACACAUUCCUUGUCAGGUGUGGUUGUCGCCUUGCGUCGCCGGCUCACGGCAGGUGGUGGUGGUCGAUUUCAAUCACAGUGUCACUCAGUCGUCAGCCAUUGUAGCAGAGCAAGCUUUCCUAUAUAUGUAUCAGCCAGUAAGCUCGUAUUAUGACUGCCAGUGUUUGAAGCUGCAGACUUUGUUUCAGCAUGAUCUGCUUCUAGGCUUCAACAUCCCCCUGUGGUCAUAUAUUUGCUUGUCUUUGUUUCCCUCUCUGGACAAUGGGUGAUGCCAACAAUGGCUCUACUACAUUGAUGUAUGACUACAGACGCUCGUUGCGAUCUGAAGACAUACUCACCCAGACGUGACUUGUUUCCUGGCUUGGGUAUGCGGUUAGAGCUGCCAACCUGCUACCUGUUCACACACUGAACUA